CCAGCCUCCCUCCCCCCCCGGGAUUAGGGAGGGUUUUUUCUUUUUUUUUUUUUUUUUUUUUUUCUUUUUUUUUUUGGCUAAUCCCUGCCCUCGCCGGGUUUUGCCUCCCAAACUUCAACCCCAACCCCCUCCUCCCCCCCCCCGCCCGCCCGCCCCCCGGUCCCGGGAGGAGCCGCCAGCCAAGAUGUCCCGGUCCAACCGGCAGAAGGAAUACAAAUGCGGGGACCUGGUCUUCGCCAAGAUGAAGGGUUACCCGCACUGGCCUGCCAGGAUUGAUGAGAUGCCAGAAGCUGCAGUAAAAUCCUCCUCCAAUAAGUACCAAGUCUUCUUCUUCGGGACCCACGAAACGGCAUUCCUGGGGCCCAAAGACCUUUUCCCCUACGAGGAGUGCAAGGAGAAGUUCGGGAAACCCAACAAGCGGAAAGGGUUCAGCGAAGGUUUGUGGGAGAUCGAGAACAACCCCACGGUCAAAGCCUCCGGCUACCAGCCCACCCAGAAGAAGAGCUGCCCCGAGGCGGCCGAGCGGGAGCCGGAUGGGGAUGGGGAGAAGAAGGGCAACGCCGAGGGCAGCAGCGACGAGGAGGGGAAGCUGGUGAUCGAUGAGCAGUCCAAGGACAAGAACGAGAAAGCCGGGAUCAAGAGGAAAGCGGAAGAUGCUUUGGAGGACUCCCCCAAACGCCCCAAGGAUGCAGAGGGGCAGGAAGGGGAGAAGAAGGUGGACAACGAAGAGGCCCCCAAGGAGGAGCCCAAAGCCAACCCGGGCGAAGGGGAGAAGAACAGCGACGCCGCCGACGUGCCGGACGCCAACGAAGCCAAGCAGGAGGGCAAGGAGGAGGUCAGAGACCACAAGGAGAGCCUGUAGCAGCUUCCCCAGAGAGCUGAUCCUACCCCGCUGGCUCCCGGGUGCUGCCCCGGCGUCGCCCUCGCCGGCUCGUCGUGUCCGGAGCUCCUGGACGGCAGAAACCGACCCCAAAAAUGAAAUUUCAAAAGGAAAAAAAAGAAAAAAAAAAAACCAAACAACAAAAAAAAAAAAAAAAAAAACACACAGAAGAAGGAAAAAAAAAGAGAGAGAGAGAGAGAGAGGAAUGCAGAGCAGCCCGGUACCGACCCCGAGCGCCCGCCCUGCCGUGGGUGCAACGCUUUGUAUUAGUGAUUCUUCAGGGCUGAGCAGUUGAUUUGAAAUAAAAGCGAUUCUUGCCUUUUUAAA